AUGUCGGAUGACUACCGGCGUUCUCAGACGUGCCCACGUGCAAUCGAGCAAAUGGUGUUACAUGAUGUUAGGAACAUGCUGCAAUCGAUGGGGAAAGAUAUAGAGUCAUUCCCUCUUCCCCAAAUUGACCAGUCGUAUGAUACCAUGGGUGGCGAGGUUAGAGAAAUCAUCGAGGAAUCCAUGAUUGAGGCAGAUGAGAAUCUCGCCGAUCCUACUUAUAUUACCUCAAGGGCGAUCCUCACGACCAGGAAUGAGAAUGUUGAUAGUAUAAACAUGAGGAUGAUCGAACGUUUCCCGGGUCAAGAGAUGAUAUACCAUAGCUUUGACCGCGCGGAGGAUGAUCCGCAUAACUACUAUCCCUCUGAAUUCCUGAACUCGCUUACUCCCAAUGGGUUGCCGCCACAUGUUCUUAAGUUAAAGUUGAAUUGUCCAGUUAUACUACUGCGGAACAUUGACCCAGCAAACGGUCUAUGCAAUGGUACGAGGCUGGUGGUACGGGGGUUCCAAAGAAACGCAAUCGAUGCCGAGAUCGUACUAGGACAACAUGCUGGAAAGAGGGUGUUCUUGCCUCGGAUUCCUCUAUGCCCCUCCGACGAUGAGAUGUUCCCGUUCCGCUUUAAGAGGAAGCAAUUCCCGGUGAGGCUUAGCUUCGCCAUGACAAUAAACAAGGCACAAGGGCAGACUAUUCCUAACGUUGGUGUCUACCUACCUGAUCCGGUGUUCUCUCAUGGUCAGCUGUAUGUGGCGUUGUCUAGAGCCACGGCAAGAGGAAACAUCAAGAUCCUUGCUGUCACGGAUAAGGACAAGGGAGGCCAGUCAAAGUCUACGACAACUCGAGGGUCCAAGGCGCGAAAUAUUGUCUACAAGGAAGUCCUCACCAUGUAG